GCCGGGCAAUUAGUGACCAGAGUGAUACGGGAACCGAUACACAAAUAUCUGAACGGUCGAGGACAAGCCGUGCAUUUCUGGAGAACUAGAAGAGACGUGCUCUUCUAGUGGAUCUACCAAAAAGCAGAGGUCUGACAAGUUAAUUCCUCUGAGCAUCUUUGCCUUUCAGUGAACUCCAGCUAGUAAGGUCAGAGGCAGUAUGAACCAGACUGAUGUUCUGUCUCCAUGCCAACUGAAGCUUCAGGUCGAGGUACACCUAAACUCUCCUGUCAGAAGGUGACCUCUCUGCCCCAAUCCAAUCUCUACAGGAGCGGCUGGGUGGUACUUCACGGGUGCUGAAGUUCCAUCUGAACGGACAGCUCGUCCAUCAAAAAGCCCUUGGAGUCUCCUUUUUUACUGUAGGUUCCUGUGUAAGAAUAUGCCCAGGCUGCACAAUGGACUCCAACAACACAGAGUGGGGCCUGUACUCGGCAUCCGACGCCCUGGGAGUGGGAAUCUCCCUGGAAUCCACUCUGUGGCCACUGCUCCAGAACACAAGCCUCAUCAACCUCAGUUCCGUUUUCAAGCUCAAUGGAAGUAAUGUUGAGGCUGAAGGUCAAUCCUAUGAUCCUCUGGGCGGCCACUCACUCUGGCAGGUCAUUCUCAUCGUUAUCUUUACAGGACUGCUGUCCCUUAUUACUAUUAUCGGCAACAUCCUGGUCAUGGUGUCGUUUAAAGUCAACAGGCAGCUUAAAACAGUUAACAAUUACUUUCUACUGAGUUUAGCCGUUGCAGAUCUCAUCAUUGGAGUCAUCUCCAUGAACUUGUACACUGCCUACAUAAUCAUGGGCCAGUGGGCGAUGGGAAACUGGGCGUGUGACUUCUGGCUAGCCAUAGACUAUGUAGCCAGCAAUGCAUCUGUCAUGAAUUUGCUAGUCAUUAGCUUUGACCGCUAUUUUUCUAUUACGAGGCCUCUGACGUACCGUGCCAAACGUACCACCAGGCGGGCAGGAGUGAUGAUCGGCCUGGCAUGGUUUGUGUCGCUCAUACUUUGGGCACCUGCUAUUUUGUUUUGGCAGUAUUUUGUUGGAGAAAGGACCGUUCCACCGGAUAAAUGCUACAUCCAGUUUCUCUCCGAGCCCAUUAUAACAUUUUGCACCGCAAUGGCGGCCUUCUACCUGCCAGUGACAAUAAUGAGUGUUCUGUACUGGCGAAUAUACAAAGAGACGGAGAACCGUUCUCGGGAACUUGCAGGAUUACAAGGCUCGGGCGCACGGUUUGUGGGUGUCGAACGACCGCGUUUCCACCUCCGCGCUACUGGGGGGAGCUCUAGAAGCUGCAGCAGCUUCGAACUGGGCCAACCUGGCCACAAACAAAGCUCCUUUCGUGGUCUGAGCGGCCGCUUCCACUGCUGGGGGUGGAAGUUGGGUGGCAGGGAUAAAGGUGGCCCACACCAGGAGGUGGAUCAGAGCAGCAGUGACAGCUGGAACAACAAUGACACUGGACUUUCAGCCGACCACUCGGGCUCAUCUGACGAGGACGAGAGCGCGCCAUCCACCACACGGGCGAUCUUCUCCAUUGUUCUCAAUCUGCCCGGCAUGAGGGCAGCUGUAAGCUCCCAAGUUACUUCUUGUGAGGAUUUGAACACAGGGGAAGAUCUGUUACAGUCGCCUGAAGAGAAGGACGGCAGGGGUGGCAGCAUCUCGUGCUCCGUCACCAACGGCAACAAGCGUUUUGUCGCGAGUAUGGGUAAAGUUCCCUCAAUGUCCUCCAUACAGCCUUCAAUGGAUCCAAGCGCAGAUGGUGGGAACACCACCAUCAAAUCUGCCUCAGCACCCAUAACUUUCAAAGAGGCAGCUCUAGCAAAGCGUUUCGCAGUUCGCGCAAGGACUCAAAUCACCAAGCGGAAGCGCAUGUCGCUAAUAAAGGAAAAGAAAGCGGCACAAACUCUAAGCGCCAUCCUUUUCGCCUUCAUUAUAACGUGGACGCCUUAUAACAUCAUGGUGCUAGUAAACACUUUCUGCAAUGGCUGCAUACCUGAGAACCUCUGGGCGCUAGGCUAUUGGCUAUGCUAUGUUAACAGUACAGUAAAUCCUAUGUGCUAUGCACUUUGCAACAAGACUUUUCGUACCACUUUUAAGAUGAUCCUGUUAUGUCGCUGGGAUCAGAAAAAAAGCAAGCCAAGCUUUCCACAAAGACAGGCUGUGAGGUUUCACAGAGGUAUACCAACAGACUCUACAUAGCAGCUCAGUGUUGAGGCUAAAUUGCUAAUGCUAAAAUGUAAGUUGCAAGGGGAGAUUCCUCAAGUAUCUGUACUAUAUACUGAAGCGUUAAUGUGUGAGUGUCAAUGUGGAUGUGUAGUUCAGUCUCUUAGGAUCCCUGGUCACUAGAUUUUAACAUUAAGGCACUGUGGUUUAGUGUACAAAGUGCUUCACACCUGAGCAAGUGCAAUUGCCAUAAAUAUGUCCUGUGACUUUUAUACUUUAUGCCUUUAAAAUGGCAGUGCCAACUUUCAGGAGUUCAGCAGCAACAUAUAAAACAGUACAUUUCAAAUGGAAACUGUGUAUCUCGAACUUCAGAGAGUCGAUCGGAUCCGAUACUCGCAAUUAUUUGUUUGAAUAUUUUAGGGUUGAAUAUUAGAUAUCUCAUUCUUGUCAAUGAACAGAAACUAAAAUGUGAUUAUUAUUUUCUUCAAAUGAGGUAAUGUAUAUCAAAGUAUUUACGGUAAUUAAUAAUACAUUUUUUGUAAGUGAAGUUUUCUGAUUUCUGUGAAAGCGUAACACACAGAGGUUCAGUAUCUUUGCUGUCUUGGUAAGUGUAAGUUUUCUUCUGCAACAUGUGAGCCACAGUUGAACACUUAAUAGGUUUUUCUCUCCUGUUGGUUAUUCAUAAACAGCUCUUCCGUAAGCUGCAGUUGUAUAAUGCGUGAUUGUUUACAUUUGUUUUGCUACAAGUAUUUCAAUAGCUAUUAUGUACGUUUUCAGUGCACAUUGAAUAUGUUUGUAUAUGUUUGGAAUGCCUUAUGUUUGAACUUUGAGAUUGUGCACUGAUUAUACUGGGCUAGCUGUGAAAUCAUUUAUGAAACCUAAAGAAUGUUUUUAACUCUGUUUAAUCAACAUUCAGAUUUUGACAGUAGUGCGCUGGGAUGUAAUUCCAUUUACAACCAAACUGUUUGCUUUAUCAUCACCUUAUUUUGGAGUGCCAGGUUUGAAUAACAAGCCAAAAUUGUUAGCCACAGUAGCUGCAUAUUUGCUGCAUAAAAAGCACACCAAAUUUAGACCUAUCAAUCAAACAUGCAUGUUUUUUUUUGUUUGUUUUUUUUUUGUUUUUUUUUCAACUAUGGGCUCUGUUGGCCCUGUGGAGAAAAUAAAAUAUUUAAAAAACACUCAGAUUAUUUAAAUGACCCACUAACAAUGUCCAACAGAGGACUUACAGUACAUGCAUUUUCAUGUUUAAAAUGUCAUGUAAACACAAUGUCAGUUCCAUCACAUCUCAACUGAUGUGUUGUUUUUAAUUACCUUCUGUGAUGGAAGUCACAUUUUAAACAUUUAUGAAAUUUUUCUUGCUAAGGCUAAUUUCAUAGCUUUUUAUGUAUCCUAAAAAUACACACUUUAAUAACAUAGUUCAUACUUUUUGUCAAAAUUAGUUGAAAACAAAAAUUAAAUAUUCUUUGGAGUUUAGACACAUUUUACAUUUACCAUUCAUUUCCAACCCUGGUGUUUUGAGGAAUUACAAAUAAUUACCUGAUUUGUAACUUAGCUGUCAUUUGUAUUAGAAUAAUUAAACUAACUUUUUGAUAUGUUUUUAUGUUUUACAUUGCAAAAAAAGCUGUAAAUUUUGUAAGGCCAUGUAAGAUCAAAGUUAAAAUUGAGCUUCUGUGCGGUGUUGUUUGUGAUUGUGUUUGCGUUUUGUUCCAAAUUGGCUUUGUACAAGUCAAAGUUUAAUGAUAGAGUUACUGUCAAAUUUGUAAAACUGUUGAAUGUUUCAAAAAUACAGCCCAGUUCAAAAUGCAUUUUUAUCCUCAGAUUGUUUCUCAAAAUAAAUGUAACAUUUUAAACAUG